GACGUGUAUUGUUUUGGUUUACAUGGCGGGAGAGAGCAGCGCUAGCCCAAACCAAACGACUUUCGUGAUAUAUUGUAGUUGCUUAUGGUCCAUUAGCCCGAGUGUUUAGCUCAGGCUCAGGUUUUUCAGUCAAACUUUGUUCUUUCAUCGUGAUUUCACUGCAGGUCGAAGCUUCCUUUUUGGGGCUUGCUCACGGUAACUUAGCCGAGGAAGCGGUUAGCCCUCAUCUGACAGCUCUGACCGUAACGCUAACGCAGCUUAGUUAAAUAAAGUGAAGUCUGAUCAAGCUGGACACGAUGGAGAGUUCACUGGUUAAAGAAAACCCGCUGCUUUUACCUCUCAACCAGGAGAAAACGAUCUACGAUGGAUUUAUUACAGUCCAGGAACGAGACUUCAGAAUGAGAAUACACCUGCCACCAGAUCACCAACUCAAACAGGCCAAAUUGCAUUGUUGUUGGCAGCUGAAACACCUGUUGCGUGGAUAUGAGUGCAUAGUGAAGCAGAGGCUGCAGCACUCGGCUGAUCUUGUCAGUUUCAUUCUGGAGCUGAAGACCGUCUUGGAAGUCGCCCUGAAGAGCCAUCCCGAGUGCCGUUCCAUGCCGCCUCCGCAGUAUUACUCCCAGCUCAUCUCUGAGAUGGAGGCCCUCGGCUGGGACAAGUUGCUUUUCAUAGACACAGAGUUUCGUACGUUGAGACUGAAAGCCGACGACUCCUCUGGAAGACAGCAUGUACUCACUGUUCAACUUAAGUCUAAGCACCCUGCAGAGCCUCCCGAAUGCUCCGCUGACCUGCCCAUCCCUCUCGCUAUAACCUGGACACCACAGAGCACUCUGGAGCAGCUCCACAGCCAGUUCCUGCUGGUUUUGGAGUCCCUGGCGGAUUUCUGGGCCGUCCUGGACGAGAUCGACCGCGAGACCUGGAUCCUGGAGCCGGAAAAACCCAGCCGGGCCGACACCAUGAGGCGGAUCGCCAUCGGGAACAACGUCUCCAUCAAGGUGGAGGUGGAUCCCAGACACCCCAAGAUGCUGCCGGAGUGCUGCCUGCUGGGAGCCGAGCACGUCGUGACCCCGCUGAGGAGCAAGCUGAACGCCAACAUGCACUCGUGGAACCCGGACUCCAGCGUCUUGCACAACCUCCGGGAUGUUUUGGAGAUCGAAUUCCCGUCACCUGCCACCCACGAAAAAUCUAGCUUCAGCGUUGAGUGUGGGAUCUGUUACUCCUAUCGGCUGGAAGCUGCAAUCCCUGAUCAAGUGUGCAAUGAUCCUCGCUGUGGCCAGCCCUUCCACCAGGCCUGUUUGUAUGAGUGGCUGCGAGCGCUCCCUUCCAGCAGGCAAAGCUUCAGCAUUGUUUUUGGAGAGUGUCCUUACUGCAGCAAGCCAAUCACUGUGAAGAUGGCAGCACAGAAGUCUUGAAGUGGAGUCUUUGAUCCUCUAAACCGCAGAUGGAGACAUAAAGAGUCCAUAACCAGUCUCAGGUUUGAUCAAGGCAAACGCCACUGUGGAUAAGAAUGCCA